UUCUGUUCUUUGUGAGGUCGUGGUCUGGGGCGGCUCUGAGCGAUCUCCGUGGAGGGAAGCUUCCUGGCUUCGUGAGGGAGUAUUGGCAAAGAUGUCGAGGGGCCACGCCUGAAACUGCGCUGCUCUGGGUCUCAACACAGAAGAGGCUCGUUCACAUUCGGAUUCCACUCAUUAGAUUGUGCCCUUGGAACAGUUGCAACCACAUGUGGUGAAGUGGUGUUCUUUUUCUGCUUAUGUCACUUCAUGGGAUGUUUUGGGCCAAGAUGACCCCCCCCCCCUUUUUUUAAACCCAGUACUUUAAGUCUCAGACUCCUGGGAACUAGGAAAGCCAUAACUGGAUGAUCUCUGCGGACUGUUCGGGGUGCAACUGACUGUGGGAAAGCCACGGUCCACUCUGAGGGCUGCAACAUGAGUCCCCGAGGGCCUCUGGGAACAUGUCUCAGGACUCAAAGUUCAGAGCAUCCCCUUCUGUAACCUGCUCUGUGUUGGGCUGCUAGACACGGAAGAAAACUUCCCUACCCCUCACAGUUCCUCUACCUGACUGACCUGGCUUUCCUGGGAGUUUACCUAGCUUGAGCCUGGAAGGAAAUGUGUAAAAUUAGAAGGAGUUUAAUAAAAUAAUGCUGUCAGCAACAAAUAGUAUACCACCUUAUAAUGACUCCUUUCCUUUGGAAAGUGGUAACUGUGUAUUCAGGGAGCGGGUAUGUAUGGAAAAUGUCCCCACGAUGAACAAGUGGCCUUCACAGGUGUUUCUGGCUGCUUUCCUCUUGGUGGAUGGGAGCAUGACCUGUGAUGUGCCCUUCUCUGGCCGGCUAUACAUAGCCAGCAAAGCUUCUUACAAGAGAAACCUCUUUCUGUACCCUCCGCCAGUGCUACCUGUGGACUAGAAGACUCCCUGUAAAUCCUCUGGAAGCUACUGAACCUUGCAAGGGAAACCAUCCAGCUGGCCCCCAGACAUACUGAGUCCCCACUGCAGCUGUCCAUCUUUCCUUUUCUUUUUCUGGGAGCACACCUUGUGCUCAGCCAUGGUCGACAUGGGGGGCCUGGACAACCUGAUUGCCAACACAGCCUACCUGCAGGCCCGGAAGACCUUGGAUGGAGACAGCAAGGAGCUGCAGAGGCGACGCCGGAGUCUGGUGCUGCCCGGGCCACAGUCCUGCACCCAGCUCCGCCAGUCCCUGCCCCAGGACUUCAACAACCUGUGCGAGCAGCAGCCCAUUGGCCGCCGCCUCUUCCGGGACUUCCUAGCCACAGUGCCCCCAUACCAAGAGGCCGUGGCCUUCCUUGAGGAGGUGCAGAGUUGGGAGCUGGCUGAGGAGGGUCCUGUCAAGGGCAGCAUGCUGCAGGGGCUAGUGGCCACUUGUGUGGCUGCUUCUGCUCCAGGGCACCCACAUCCCUUCCUCAGCCCAGCUCUGGCCACCAAGUGCCAAGCAGCCACCACCAAGGAAGAUCAGAUAGCCCUGGUGGCACAGGCCAAGGCUGAGGUCAUGGCCUUCUUGCAGGACCAGCCCUUCCGGGAUUUCCUGGCCAGCCCCUUCUAUGACAAGUUUCUGCAGUGGAAGGUCUUUGAGAUGCAACCGGUGUCGGACAAGUACUUCGAUGAGUUCCGAGUUCUGGGGAAAGGUGGUUUUGGGGAGGUAUGUGCUGUCCAGGUGAGAAACACUGGUAAGAUGUAUGCCUGUAAGAAACUGGACAAGAAGCGGCUGAAGAAGAAAAAUGGUGAGAAAAUGGCUCUUUCAGAAAAGGAAAUCUUGGAAAAGGUCAGCAGUCCUUUCAUCGUCUCUCUGGCCUAUGCCUUUGAAACCAAGUCCCAUCUCUGCCUGGUCAUGAGCCUGAUGAAUGGGGGAGACCUCAAGUUCCACAUCUACAGUGUGGGUACACGGGGCCUGGACAUGAGCAGGGUGGUCUUCUACUCGGCCCAGAUGACCUGUGGAGUGCUGCACCUCCACUCACUCGGUAUUGUCUACCGGGACAUGAAGCCGGAGAAUGUGCUUCUGGAUGACCUCGGCAACUGCAGGCUGUCUGACCUAGGGCUGGCCGUGCAGAUCCAGGAUGACAAGCCUGUCACACAGAGGGCUGGAACCAAUGGUUAUAUGGCUCCUGAAAUCCUAAUGGAAAAAGUGAGUUAUUCCUAUCCUGUGGACUGGUUUGCAAUGGGAUGCAGUAUUUAUGAAAUGGUUGCUGGACGAACACCAUUCAAAGAUUACAAGGAAAAAGUCAGUAAAGAGGAUUUAAAGCAAAGAACCCUGAAAGAAGAGGUCAGAUUCCAACAUGAUAACUUCACGGAGGAAGCAAAAGAUAUUUGCAGACUCUUCUUGGCUAAGAAACCAGAACAACGUUUAGGAAGCAGAGAGAAGUCUGAUGAUCCCAGGCAACACCCUUUCUUCAAAACCAUCAAUUUUGCUCGCCUGGAAGCUGGCCUAGUUGAGCCCCCAUUUGUGCCAGACCCUUCCGUGGUUUAUGCCAAAGACAUCGCUGAAAUUGAAGAUUUCUCUGAGGUUCGGGGAAUUGAAUUUGAUGAUAAAGAUAAGACAUUCUUCCAAAGAUUUGCAACAGGUGCUGUCCCCAUAGCAUGGCAGGAAGAAAUUAUAGAAACGGGACUGUUUGAAGAAUUGAAUGACCCCAACAGGCCUGCAGGUUGUGGGGAUGGUAAUUCAUCCAAGUCUGGUGUGUGUUUGUUAUUAUAAGUUGUUCUCUCUACCAGAUGGGCAGCAGGAAUUUCAGCUGACAUAAUCCUUGAAUGUUCCUAACACAUGAAAAUCUGUUGAAUAAGGACUGAUCAAUCAGGAGGGGCAUUUCAACCAUAGAACAUUUCAAAGGACAGGUGAGCUCACCACUAGGACACAUUUUUCUCUUGCCUUCCUUCCUCCCUCCCUCCCUCCCUCCCUCUCACCCUUCCUUCCCUGCUCUCUCUCCCUCCAUCUCUUUCUUCUUUCUCUUUUUUUCAUAAAGAUGAGUCAAGUAAAGUUUCAGUUUUCACCAAGGGCUGGGAAAAGGAACACUCAGGUUUAUUUUGAUAAACUAAAAGCAUGAGCCCUCCAGCAUCAUGUCCCUGAAAAUGACACAAAGUCCUAGGAAUAGAGAUUGGAACUUUGUGGUGUACUCAGUAAAUGAGCAUUUGCAAUUCUUAGUAAAUAAUCAUUUUAGUUUUUCUUUGUUUAUAUCCCUUCUUCCCUUCUUCUUUCAGUAUUUCUUCUGCUUCUGUACUUAUAAAAAAGAUUUGGAAGCUGGAAAUAAAUGUUCCUGAUAUUCUCCCUCCUGAAAAAGAGUGGAUUGUAGUGUUUGGGCAAUAUUUUAAAUUACAGAAAAAAUUUUAAUUUA